CUGUUGCAAUCCCCAAGCCCGAGCUGAUCUGUCGUCUGGAACGGGGAGAAGAGCCAUGGAUCCCUGCCCAAGCAGCUUCAGAAGAGAAAAAAAUCCCCCUUAACCUUUAUGAAGGAAACAACUUUGCUUUGACUUCUACCACUAUGCCAGCAAGCGGGGUGAUCAUGAGGGAGAUCAAGGAAGAGAUCACAGAACCUGAAAUCUUGGAUCCAGAAGAUCCCCCGUGGGCUUUGCUGAGGGCACCCCCAGAGAACCCUUCCUUAGCUUCAGAAGCCCGGUGUGGCCUGCAGAGACAGUGGGAGCUGCAAGCCGGGCACAUCUGGCGGGAACCCUCCAGGCACAUAAGGGCAGCCAAUUCCAAGCACUCCAUGUUUCACGUGGGCCGGAAAAAGCUCAUGUGCCCGGAAUGCGACCGGUGGUUUCACUGCAAAUCAGAAUUCUUGCUGCACUGGCGGACCCACACGGGGGAGAAGCCUUACGAGUGCCUGGCUUGCGGCAAGCGCUUCAUCCAGAGCUCCCACCUAAGUGCCCACCGGCGCAUCCACACGGGCGAGAAGCCCUACGAGUGCCCCCGGUGUGGGCGGAGCUUCAACCGGCGCUCCACCCUGACGGAGCACUUGAGGAUCCACACCGGGGAAAAGCCAUACAAGUGCCUCCAGUGUGGGGAGAGCUUCCGCUGGAGGCCCUACCUGACCAAGCACCAGAGGGUCCACCUGGGCAAUGCGGUCUACAGAGGCCUCAACAACAGAGAAGCCAUCUUUGAUGUCUCAGCCCAUCCUGAGCCUCUGGGAAGACUAACAGGCAAGUCUGGUUAUUCCUGUCGAAAGUGUGGGAAAUGCUUCGUUCAGAAAUCGGAUCUUGCUGUACAUCGACUAGUUCACAAGGGAGAGAAAACUUUUAAAUGCCUGGAAUGUUCAAAAUAUUUUGUUCAUCGCUCAGAGCUCGUGAAACACCAGCGCGUCCAUACAGGAGAGAGGCCCUUUAAAUGCUUCGAGUGUGGAAAGUGUUUUUCACGGCAGUCUGUCCUUUCCAACCAUCACCGGAUCCACACAGGAGAAAAACCUUAUGAGUGCCUGGAGUGUGUGAAACGCUUUACUCAGAGAUCACAACUCAUCCGACACCGAAGAGUCCACACGGGGGAGAAACCUUAUAAAUGUCUGGAGUGCGGGAAGUGUUUUGCCCGCCACUCGGUUCUCAUCAAUCACCAGAGAGUCCACACCGGAGAAAAACCGUACAAAUGCUUGCAUUGUACCAAAUGUUUUGCCCGUCAGUCUGUCCUGGUGAGCCAUCAAAGAGUCCACACUGGAGAGAAACCCUACAUGUGCCAGGAGUGCGGCAAGCGCUUCGCUCAUCAGUCGAAUCUUGUCAACCACCAGAGAAUUCACACGGGGGAGAAACCUUACAGAUGCUUGAACUGUGGGAAAAGUUUUGCCCAACAAUCUGAUCUCGUGAAACACAGGAGAAUCCACACAGGGGAGAGACCUUACCAAUGCCCACAGUGUGGAAAAUCUUUUAUGCUCCAUUCAGAUGUUGUCAAUCACCAGAGGGUCCACACGGGGGAGAAGCCUUACAAAUGCCCAACAUGUGGGAAGUGUUUCUCUCAACGCUCGGCUCUCGUGGGUCACCAACGAAUCCACACGGGGGAGAAACCGUACACGUGCCUGGCGUGUAAGAAAUGUUUUGCUCAGCUAUCCAGUCUUGUGAAACACCAGAGGAUCCACACAGGAGAGAAACCCUACAAAUGCUUAGUGUGUGGGAAAUAUUUUAGGCGGCGUUACCAUCUCAAGGUCCACCACCGAGUGCAUUCGAGGAGUUAGGCCCGGUGACGACCUUAAAGGAGACGAUGGCUUUGAAGGCCAAGAAAAUUAUUCAAUAUAGAUUGGCAGACUCAAAUGGAAUACAUUCUGAAUAAUUUACAUUUAGGGUUGUUGUUU